CGAAUAACUGAUCAAUGCAUCGAUUAAGUCUCGCGCACGCUGGUUUGCGCCUUAGAGAGAGGAAAAGAGCCAUUACUUUAUUGUUGCAGAUGUAGUUUUCCUAAGUUAACAAUAACCUUUACACAAGCAUAUUGGUUAGUGGUAUAUACAGUUUUGUCAAUACAUUGAAGGGAACAUGCUUUUGACUGCAGUUCGGAACGCAGUGGCAAGUAGCGUCCACCGGAUCACCUUACCUACACUGGCUUGUCGUGCUGCACUGAGGACGGCCAAAGCAUCCUCUGUGCUUUCCAUGUCAACAAGUAGCAGGCCUGAAGAAUCCGAGGUGAAUCAAGGAAAAACCUCAUUUCAGGAAUCGUAUGGCUCAAGUCCAUCUGUUACAGAUGAACCUGAUAAACUCUAUAGGCAGCUUGAUCUCGAGGUUCGUGGGCACGAUCAUGCCGUUCUUAAAAGCUACAGGUGGUUCGUUCUCGAGUGCGCUAAGCAUCUGGGUAUUACGGUGGUGAAAACGUGGGAACCCAGCAAAACGCUAGAAAGGAAGAAUAGGCUGAAAUCAGCGUUCAGCCAUCGGAAACACAUCGUGCAAUACGAGGCGCGUACAUAUUAUCAGGUGAUCGUGCUGGAAAAAUUGACUGGAUCUACGGCAGAGACUUUUCUUGAGUAUAUUGAAAGGAAUAUUCCUGAAGGAGUUGCAAUGAAGGUAACGAAACAUGAGAUCCAGCCUCUUCCAGAACACUUAAAACAGAGACCACCAGAAUUACUAGAAUCGGAGAUAUAGUUAACU